CGGGGCGGGAGCUCAAAUCUCCCGGGUCGGAAGCUUAAAUUUCCCGGGCGGGGAGCGCGGAGCCUGCCGGGAAGGCGCCCGGUCGGUUGCGCACCCGGCGGCUGUGGCGGCGGCGGCCGCCGCGGGUGGGCUUCGCCAUGCAGAGCACGGACCUGGGCAACAAGGAGAGCGGCAAGCUAUGGCACCGCAAGCCCUCCCCGGCCGCUCGGGACGGGAUUAUCGUGAACAUCAUUCACAGCUCUUCUGACUACCUUCCCAAAGUCUUGCGAUUUUUGAAUGUGGCUUUUGACAGCUCAGGUGAUUGCUUAAUUGCUGGGGACCAUCAAGGAAAUAUCUAUGUUUUUGACUUGUAUGGAAACAGGUUUAAUCUUGUUCAGCGAACAGCACAAGCUUGCACGGCUCUGGCCUUUAAUCUCCGUAGGAAGUCUGAAUUCCUUGUGGCAUUAGCUGAUUAUUCUAUUAAAUGUUUCGACACAGUUAGCAAGGAGCUGGUUAGCUGGAUGAGAGGACAUGAGUCGUCCGUGUUCUCGAUCUCCGUGCAUGCCUCCGGGAGAUACGCCAUCACCACUUCUUCUGACACGGCCCAGCUGUGGGACUUGGAUACCUUUCAGAGGAAAAGAAAGCUGAAUAUUCGACAGUCUGUGGGUAUCCAAAAGGUAUUCUUUUUGCCAUUAAGUAAUACCAUCCUCAGCUGUUUUAAAGAUAACUCCAUCUUCGCCUGGGAAUGUGAUACUCUUUCUUGCAGAUACCAGUUGCCAGCUCCACCUGAAAGCUCUAGUAUAUUAUACAAAGUAUUUGCCGUGACCAGAGAUGGUCGCAUCCUGGCCGCCGGAGGGAAGUCAAAUCACCUUCACCUGUGGUGCUUGGAGGCUAAACAGCUGUUCAGAAUUAUUCAGAUGCCUACUAAAGUCCGAGCCAUCCGCCACCUCGAAUUUCUCCCCGAUAGUUUUGAUGCUGGUUCUAAUCAGGUUCUUGGAGUGCUAAGUCAAGAUGGUAUAAUGAGAUUCAUCAAUAUACAGACUUGUAAACUUCUCUUUGAAAUUGGGAGUCUUGAUGAAGGAAUUAGCUCAUCAGUAAUUAGCCCACAUGGACGUUACAUUGCGUCCAUUAUGGAAAACGGAAGUCUGAACAUAUACUCAGUUCAGGCUCUAACCCAGGAAAUAAAUAAGCCACCUCCUCCCUUAGUGAAAGUGAUUGAAGAUGUGCCCAAGCGUAAACUGAAUUCCGGGGACCUUAAGAUGAAAGUAACAACGGGAAGGGUCCAGCGGCCGGCAAAAUCAAGAGAAAACAGAAUGCAAACCAGAAUCCUAAGGCAAGACCUGGCUGGUAGUUUUGAAAAUAAAGAGAAUGAGUUGUCAGAUGGAUUAAACAAAAAGCGUUUACAGAUCUUAUUAAAAGGCUAUGGUGAAUAUCCCACGAAAUACAGAAUGUUCAUUUGGCGUUCUCUGCUCCAGCUGCCUGAAAACCACACUGCGUUCAGCAGCCUAGAAGACAAGGGUGUGCAUGUGGCAUUUCUCAACCUUCACAAGAAGUACCCCAUCAGAAGCAGGAAACUGCUUAGAGUGUUACAGAGAACCCUAUCUGCAUUAGCUCACUGGUCUGCCAUCUUCAGCGACACGCCGUAUCUUCCGCUCUUGGCAUUUCCAUUUGUAAAAUUAUUCCAGAACAAUCAGCUCAUUUGUUUUGAAGUUGUUGCUACUCUCAUAAUCAAUUGGUGUCAACACUGGUUUGAAUAUUUCCCAAAUCCUCCCAUCAAUAUUCUCAGUAUGAUAGAGAAUGUUCUGGCAUUCCACGACAGAGAACUGCUGCAGCACUACAUAGCUCAUGACAUAACUUCCCAGCUGUAUGCAUGGCCUCUUCUUGAAACCGUUUUUUCAGAAGUACUAACCAGAGAAGAGUGGCUAAAAUUAUUUGAUAAUGUCUUUUCCAACCAUCCUUCGUUCCUCCUGAUGACUGUCGUGGCCUACAACAUAUGUUCUAGAGCACCUUUGCUCAACUGCAGUCUUAAAGAUGAUUUUGAGUAUUUUUUUCAUCAUCGGAAUAACCUGGAUAUAAGUGUUGUCAUUAGAGAAGUCUACCGUCUCAUGGAUACCACUCCUACCGAGGUUCAUCCCAGCAGCAUGCUUCACGUCUUUGCGGCAUUGACGAAAGGGCAGUAUCCAGUUUUUAACCAAUAUCCCAAGUUUAUCGUCGACUAUCAGACACAGGAGCGAGAAAGAAUAAGGAACGAUGAGUUGGACUACCUGAGGGAGAGGCAGAUGGUUGAAGAUAUGCAAGCUGAGGUAGACCAGCAGAGAGUUGAAGACGAAGCUUGGUACCAAAAACAAGAACUGCUUCGAAAAGCCGAAGAAACGAGGAGAGAGCUGCUCUUACGGGAGGAGGAGAAGGUGGUGCAACAAAGACAGAGACUUGCUUCUGUGAAAAGAGAGCUGCAAGUCAAGGAAAUGCACUUACAAGAUGCUACAAGAAGGCGCUUUCUCAAGAUGCAGCAAGAUCAGCGUGAAAUGGAACUAAGACGACUGGAUGACGAAAUCGAGAGAAAGGUACACAUGAGAGAUCGAGAAAUUGCUACUACAGCGAAAGACCUGGAAAUUAGACAUCUGGAACUCGAAUCACAAAAAAGACUUUUUGAGAAGAAUCUUACUAGAAAUCAGGAAGCUGUUGCAAAAGAAAUGAGAGAAGAUGCAGAUGCCUUUAGACGAAAAGUGGAUCUUGAAGAACACAUGUUUCAUAAACUGAUAGAAACAGAUCAAACUCAGAACCAGAAAACUCAAAAGUUAAUUGAAGAAAAUUUGGCAGAAGCUGAACAAGCGUGUCUGAAUGCCGACUGGCGAAUUGAGGCUCUACGUAAACAAAGAUGUGACGAUCUGCAGCGCCACGAGUGUUACCGGGAAGUGGCCAGACUCCUUCGGGAAAACAGAAGGACUGAAACAGAAGUAUUAGAUGCGAUGAUGGGGGAGGAAGCUAGAAAGUGGGAGGAAGCUAAAGAAAAAGACUUUCAUUUGAAAUCAGAAAAGAAAGCUUCGGCUCUCGCAGAUGCAUCCAGAAAGUGCUUUCUACAGAAAGAGACAAAUGAUGCUUUAGAACAUGCCGGACAUGCGUACAGGAAAGCAGUGUCCAGGGACCAAAAUGGACAGGUCGCCUCCAGCUGUCUGCCUCGAACCUCACAGCUAAAUGACAUUUUGGAAAUGGAUUCUUCAACAUGCAAUUCCAGUGUUUACUAGCCCCUCAAACUCAGUAUGAAAUGGCUGUUGCACUUGGACACAUUGUAAUAUUUUAAUUGGACUCUCCCUCUGUUGGCCACUAUGAAGACCAUUUGAUUUAUUUAUUUUUAUUUAGUCAUUGGGAAAGUAGUCUUGGUGUACUUUUCUAAAUAUUAAUUUUGGCGACUUGGAGUGCUUUUUCUCACUAUCUUUAAGUAUUCUAGUGAGGAAACAGUGUUGCAAAGAACUCUCUCAUCCUCUCUUGGACAAGAUUUGUUCCUGAUUUAAACAAUUAUCUAUAUCCCCCCAAUUUAAAAACAAGUGCUACAUAACCAAAAGCAAGUAAGUUCUCUGAUAGGCUUCAUUCAAUUUGACAAAUAAGUAUUUGGCUUUGUAACUGGAACAAUGUAGGAAACAAGAUGUUAGGCUUUUUCAUUCAAGAUGUUUGACUUUUCAAAUAUUCAUUUCAUUAUUGGGUUUUGGCAACGUAUUUACCUUCAAAAUAAAUGCUGUAUCUAACAUCAGAAAA